AUGAACGGCCACUCACGCCACCACUCAGUCGUUGCGGACGAGGUCGCCAAGCACCAACCUCGACUACCCAAGAAGCUGAUCGUUUGCUGCGAUGGUGUGUCGGCUUUCGCAAGGCCACAUGGAACGAUACUGAUGUGCGGUAGGAACGUGGCAGGACAGAGACAAUGGCUUUCAGGACGGCAAGAUUCAAACCCCCACCAACGUAACCCGAAUCGCUCGAGCUAUGAUGCCCGAAGACGACGCGAAGCACCCGCAGAUCGUAUACUAUCAAGCUGGCGUCGGCACGGGGCUUGGUCUCUACGAUCAAUUGGUUGGCGGCGGAACGGGCAUGGGUCUCAGCGAAAACAUCCGCGAGGCCUACGCUUUCCUCGCUAGCAAUUACUCCCUCGAAGACCACUUGAGCGCUCCGGAUUCCAUCUUUCUGUUGGGCUUCUCGAGAGGUGCUUUCACCGCUCGAUCACUGGGCGGCUUCAUCGGCGCAGUCGGCAUUUUGACCAAGAAGGCAAUGCCCUACUUCUACGAUCUGUUCAAGGACUGGGAGAACGCUGGCGAGCGCAACUACAAGCCCAUGUUCUUCAAGCUUUACGCACAGGAGAAUCCGGAAGUCGGCGACAUUCCAGAGAUACAGCCACCCAAGUCUCAGGAGAUGAGCGCUGAUCCGUCCAAAGCCAUCGAUGCAUACAUGCACAGGUACCGAGACCAACUGCUUGCCUAUGGUCUUACCCAAAUGGCGCAGAUCAAGUGCAUCGGCGUGUGGGACACAGUGGGAGCUCUCGGCAUCCCGAUCAAUCCUUUCCUACAGCGCACAUUGGGCAUGGCAGCUUUCGUGAAAGAAUACCGCUGGUUCGACACCAGGCUUUCCAACACCGUCGACAAUGCUUUCCACGCGCUAGCUCUCGAUGAGCACCGAUUCCCGUUCUCCCCUGCCGUGUGGGAGCUGGAUGAAGGCUGCAAGACAAACCUCAAGCAGGUCUGGUUUCCCGGAGCGCAUUCCAACUGCGGAGGCUCUUAUGAAGACAACGGAAUGGCGAAUAUUACGCUCGCGUGGAUGAUGGACCAGAUGGCCGGCAACACCAGAGACCCCAGCAAAGAGUUCGAUCCGGUAGAUUGGAUCAAGUUUGAUGACGACUACAUCGAUGACUGCUUCAAACGUACGACUUCUUUCUACAACACGCUUUCGAACGGGAGUGCGUACAGAGGCUGGGCGAUGGGUAAGGUGUACAACAGCAACACCUUUCCACAGGCUUUGGCGGGCGCGAGGACCAGAACACCCGGUCGCUACCCGCGGACGAAUUACCAAACAGCCAAAUACACCACCGUACCGCUACAGAAUACGCACGAGCACAUCCACUCUUCCGUGCGAGCCCGCAUGGAUCUCGACGGCAGAGAGGUGGAACCGGAAGAAUGGUACCAGCAAAUGCUCUCCUGGAUCUACCGCACCUUGACGGGCCAGCAGCGCGUGAAACCCUACCAACCCCACCGAACAAGCGGUAUGCUCCCAAACAGCGGCGGUCCCCUCGAAGGCUGGAAGCUCGUCGACGGCCACCAAUACCACGACGACCCGAAUUACGAAAUCGACAUGACUCCCGGCGGAAUCAAACAGAUCCACUGGGAAUAUAAUGGCAACGGGACAGCUUCGACACAGAUUAUGAAGGAGGACGUCUUUGCCGAGAGGGGCUAUGAGGAGCGGUUGUUGUUGCAUGAUCAGCGGAUUGCGGAUCAGGUGAUUUAUUCGAACAACCGGUGGCAUUGGUUCAAGAAGCCGAAGACGAAGGCUCAGUUGGCCAAGACGUUCUAG